AUGGCGCCGGCCAUUGGCCUUGUCGGCGCCGUCGCCGUCGCAUGCCUGUCGCGUCGCGUCGCGUGCUCGAGGCCUGCGGGACGGCCGUCGGGCGCCAGCGCUGCCAGAGGAGGCCUCGCUCUCGUCGCCGAGUCGGGUCGAGUCGAGUCGCGUCGCGGGCCUGGGCGGUGGCCUGUCCCGCCGGAGGAUAUGUCCGCCAGAUGCGCAGUCUGCACGCCAUCAUCUCGGCAGGCUCGCGCCAAGCUCUCUCGACGCCGCGAGGGCUUCCCCACCGCUGCCGGUAGCGUGCCAGCGAGCCGUGGACAGACGGGCGCAGGCGUGCAGCAGACAAAGAAGACGCGGCGCGGCGCUGUGGCGACCGUGGAGCGGUGCGUGACGGGCAGUGUGGGAUGCAUAUGCGCUGCAGAGUGGUGGUGUUGGUGGUGGUGUUCCGCAGCGCGCCUUCCCCACGCGCGCCGUGGGGGUGGUUCCUUCCCCAUACGUCUCGUCAGCGUUCGUCGUCCUGCCGUCCAUCCAGCGCGCCAUCCUCUCGCCAUCGCCAUCGCCAUCGCCAUCGCCCUCGCCUUCGGUGCGCCGUGCGGCCCUCAACCUCGCCCGCGCGCCUUUUCUUUUGCCUCCCGCACCGUCGCGCCUGCCCGGCCGCAUGCAACUGUGGCUGCAUCGCACAAGCUGCCAACCGUCGCGCCUGCCCAUCCUGGCCGCAUGGCCUGCGACAUCAUGUGCUGGGCCCUUCACCACCACACUGCACUUGCUCGUCCAUGGCCAAGAGCCGCACGUGGAGCCUGGGCCCCAGCCCUGCACAUCACUCUCGUGCGACGCCAGGCUGCGCCGUCUGCUCUGCAACGGCACGCGCAUCUGGAUGCCGGCUGCAUCGCGCCCGCGCACCACCACCGCGACAAUCUUGCAGCAGCCAGCGUCCACGCCCGUCACCACCAUGGCACGGCAACAGGCUCUCGCGACGCGGGACCAUGGCCGCGCCCGUUGCACCAGGCGGGCAUAGUGCGUCAUAGCGUGGUCCAGCACCGUGGGCCGUCGCUGCAUCUGGGAUCGCCGGCUGGCCGUUUGGCAGUGAUCGAAGCUUCGGCGCCAAAACUAGAAGCUGCUCCUCCACCAGUUUCUCCGGCUCCGCACAGUCGGGUCCGUCCGAGCUCGAGGGAAUUUCAGGAGGCUUGCGUCCGUGCCUCGUCACGCGUGCGGCCAACUGUGUCCUUCAGCCGCGAGAAGCGUCUUUGCCAUCCCAGCCUGCGGGGCUCCCCCAACCCGCAGGCUGCCCCAACCAAACAGGAUUGCGUCUCCAAACGAGAUGAGCAUCCCUCCCCAUUACUCAGCUGCUGUUGGCAAGGACUCGAUGCAAGCUGCAGCCUUCCAAUGCACGUGGGUGCAUCGGCACUUAUCCGAGCGGUGAGAUACCGGGACGCCAACUUCAGAUGCAAGCCUAAGCUCUUCAAGCGGAUACGUACAUUGUGCACGUGUCUGCGGAGCUGCUCGUCCCCGCUCCCUGAGCACCUCGCUCCGCCAUCGACUGUGGGACGUGAAUCACAUGGUUCAAACGUCGCAGAACUGCACGCUAUCAGGUCCCGCUUUGGAGCAACCAGGUACACCGGCGCACCACUCUGCGCACCACUCUGCGCCUUCUUCCACAUUUAGACUCAACAUCUCCGAACACGCAAUCAGCCCGGCUGCUUCCUCACCGUUUGUCCAAGGGCUGACCACGCAAGUCAUGUUCGAAUGCAGUA